AUGGCGCUGCAGCUGCUGCUGCCGCCGCCGCCGCCGCCGUUCGCGGCGCUCGGCCUCCCCUGCCGCCUAUUCCCCUCCGCGACCGCCCAGCGCGCCCGCUUCGCCGCCGCCUUCUCGCUCCAGACCAACGUGCGCCUCCUCAAGCCCAACCGCCGCUCCCGGCGCUCCCGCUACCCCUACUACGACCUCGACGACGACGAAGAGGAGGAGGAGGACGACGAGGACGACCAAGAGAGCGAGGAUGAUUUAUCAGGUUUGGAGUAUCCUGGUGUCCUUUAUACAAACAACCCUCGCGCUCCCAGCAAGAGAGCAGGACGACAAACACCACUGGUAAAAGAGAAUUGGGAAGGAAGGCGGCCCAAAACUCGUGACAAACAUGGUAGUCCAGAAAGUUAUAAUUCCCUCCAGCCAAGGAGAAAAUUAGGCAGAACAUUACUAGAUCUUGCAAGCAUGAACAAUGAAGUAGAGUUGAAAAAUGAAAGUAUCUCCCGGAGUCUGUUUCAGAAACUGCAAGAAGAAUAUGACUUUGAUGACAAAUGGUUGCCACUUAUUGAUUACUUGUGCUCAUUUGGACUGAGGGAAUCCCAUUUUACUUACAUCUAUGAGAGACACAUGGCUUGCUUUCAAAUCAACCGGGCUUCUGCAGAAGAAAGACUGGAGUUCCUUCUAAGUGCCGGUGUUAAAAGCAAGGAUCUCAAGAGGAUGCUGGUCAGACAGCCGCAAAUUUUGGAAUACACUCUCAGCAAUCUGAAAUCUCAUGUUGCUUUUCUGGCUGGCAUUGGUGUUCCAGAUGCACGGAUGGGGCAAAUUAUUUCUUCAGCCCCUUCGUUUUUAUCCUACAGUAUUGAACAGUCCCUGAAGCCAACUGUAAGGUAUUUGAUUGAGGAAGUGGGUAUUGAGGAGAGCGACGUGGGGAAAGUCGUGCAGCUAAGCCCCCAAAUAUUGGUGCAGCGAAUUGAUAAUGCAUGGAAAUCUCGAUUUCUCUUUUUCACAAAUGAACUAGGGGCACCCAAAGAUAGCAUUGUCAAAAUGGUCACAAAGCACCCACAACUGCUUCACUACAGCAUUGAGGAUGGCAUCUUGCCUCGAAUCAAAUUCCUUAGAAGCAUUGGCAUGAAAAACUCUGAUAUUCUCAAAAUAUUGACAAGCCUUACUCAGGUGUUAUCUUUGUCGUUGGAGAAAAAUCUCAAACCGAAGUAUCUUUAUUUGGUCAAUGACCUUAAGAAUGAGGCUCAGUCCUUAACCAAGUACCCCAUGUACUUGAGCUUGUCUCUUGAGCAAAGAAUUCGUCCCCGUCACCGUUUCCUUGUUUCGUUGAAGAAAGCUCCAAAGGGUCCAUUUCCGCUCAGCUCCUUUGUGCUUACGGAUGAGCGUUUUUGCCAGCGGUGGGCUGGGACUAGCUUAGAGAAGUACCAUACAUUUAGAAAGAGCUUGCUGUUGACAGAUUUUGCAGAGAAGACUGAAAGGAAACCAUUAGCAUCACGGCGGUAGAUAGCUGAGGAACUUGACCUUCAGCAUCUGGGUUGCUUCUGAAAUCUGUUAGCUAUAACAAAGCUUCUUAAGCUCCUUCGCGCCUGUGGAUAAGCAUUUUUGCCAGCAAUGAACCUUGACUAACUUAGAGAAGUUAACAUACAUCUAGACAGAGCGUCUGUUGACAGGUUUUUGCUAAGUAUGAAGGAAAAUAUUAACAUCAAGACUGUAGAUAAUAAUCUUCAGUGGAUGGGUUACUUUUGUUGACUUUGAUCACAUGCUCCUCGCUGAAAUGGCCUAGGUUGCUGGCCUGGUUACCCAAUGAUCAGUGGGUUCACAAUACAGAUACAUCAACAAUGACAAGAUAGACGUAUCUUUUUGCCGACUCUAUGUUAAACACGGUGGAAAGCCUUUCUGAUAGCUCCUGAUGAACUACAAAUGGAUGGUCCUUCUGACAGAACAGCAACCAUCUGCAAUGGUGGAUCGAACAUUUUGCUUACUGCUUAAAGGAGUUGGUACCUUGAUUCUACCUAAUUUUAACCGCAAGUUUUGAGCAACAUAUCAUGUCUAGCAAAACUGCAGCUUGACCAUCCCAGUGCUAUAGUGUGAAGCUUUCUGUGUCGGACAUAUGGCUGUAGACUGUAGUCACGUUUUCUUCAUCAGGGUUGUAAUGAUAGAAAUUAUGGUACUGGUGCUGUUUCUACGCCCUCUAUUUCACUGUUAUUGAUGGGAAGCGCUACAAAUUAUCUUAAUUACUGUAAGUAUAUAUGUGCGUAUUCGUCUUCUCUACCA